UCAUCCAUCCACGUUCUCCAGCUCCUCACCUGCCUCCACCCUGUCCUUGGCUCACUCCUCCUCAGCUCAUUCACUCGGUGAGCUUGUGGUCGGCCCUCACUGUGUACCUGGCCAAUCAGGACUCAUCCUCCUUGGGGGGCUUCAGGAUGAAGGAGUGGGGGCCCUAGGCCUGCCUCACACAAGCUUCCCUCCAUGAAACUUCAGCUCAAAGCUGCCGGUUCAGCCCCCAGCAGGCCAACCCUUUUGGCCUCCACGGCCCGGACUCCCCUCUGCGCCCCUGCUGGGGGCCUGGACAGAAAACCACCUGGCGCUCUGGGAGCGAGCAGCCCCCACCCUUGGUGCUGAGCCCGCUCCCCUGCUCAGUGCCCUUCCCCGUGUCUCUCCCCGUCUCUGUUCUCUCUUCUAGAGCAGAGCCUCUAGCCUGCCCUCCGGCUCCGGUCUGGCUCGGGCAAGACCGCUGCAGCCUGUAGCCCCCAUUGACCCCGCCCACGGACCUAACAAUAAACUCGGCUCCACCUCCACCUGCUGCGUGUCUCUGGGCGGGGAAGGGUGAGGGGAGGGCAGCAGUGUGCACUCUGGACCCCCUUCCUUCCCACCCUCACCUCAGCCCGAUGGGCCCUAGUUGGUGGGAGCCGCCUCUAUGGGGCCACAGGCUCCUUUGCCAGAGAGGCUUGCUCUGUCCUCACCCUCAUUUUGAUGAUGGGGCACCAAGGCCCAGAGAGGGGCAGGGGGCUCACACAGGGGAACCGAGCUCUUGCUACUCCCCCACCAGGAAUCCAAGGACUGAGCUCAGAGCAUCCUGGGGUCCACCUCCUGUUCAGAGGAUACCUCAGGUCCUGGGUGUGCUGCGCUGGGGGAGUCUGACCCCGAGCAGAGAGGCCCAAGGAGCCCUGUGCUCAGGCCAGGUCUUCACCGCCCGGUCUGGGGUGCUCAGCAGCCCUGGAUACCCUCAGCCGUACCCCAAACUCUCCAGCUGCACCUACAGCAUCCGCCUGGAGGAGGGGUUCCGUGUCACCCUGGACUUCGUGGAGUCCUUUGACGUGGAGAUGCACCCUGAGACCCAGUGCCCCUACGACUCCCUGAAGAUUCAAACAGACAAGGAGGAAUAUGGCCCAUUUUGUGGGAAGACGUUGCCCCGCAGGAUUGAAACCAAGAGCAACGCUGUGACCAUCACCUUUGCCACCGAUCAGUCGGGGGACCACACGGGCUGGAAGAUCCACUACAACAGCACAGCUCAGCCCUGCCCUGACCCGACGGCACCACCUAACGGCCACAUCUCCCCUGUGCAGGCCACAUACAUCAUGAAAGACCGCUUCUUUGUCUUCUGCGAGUCGGGCUACGAACUUCUGCAAGGUUAUUGGCCCCUGAAAUCAUUUGUUGCAGUCUGUCAGACAGAUGGAUCUUGGGACCAACCGAUGCCGGAGUGCAGCAUUGUUGACUGUGGCCCUCCUGAUGACCUACCCAGUGGCCAAGUGGACUAUGUAACGGGUGCCGAGGUGACCGUAUAUAAAGCUGUGGUUCAGUAUCGCUGUAAUGAGUUCUACACAAUGAGAACAGAUGAUGGUAAAUAUGUGUGUGAGGCUGAUGGAUUCUGGACGAGCUCCAAAGGAGAAAAAUCACCCCCCGUCUGUGAGCCUGUUUGUGGAAUAUCCACCCGUACCACAGAAGGUCGUAUAUAUGGAGGACAAAAUGCAAAGCUUGGCGAUUUUCCUUGGCAAGCCCUGUUAUUAGGUAAAACUAUAGCAGCAGGUGCACUUCUAUAUGACAACUGGAUCCUAACAGCUGCUCAUGCUGUAUAUGAGCAAAGAGAAGACGCCUCCUCCCUAGACAUUAGAAUGGGUGCCCUGAAGAGACUGUCACCUCAUUAUACACAGGCCUGGGCCGAGGCCAUUUUUAUACAUGAACGUUACACUCAUAAUGCUGGUUACGAUAACGACAUAGCAUUGAUUAAAUUGAAGAACAAAGUUGUAUUAAAUAGCAACAUCAUGCCUAUCUGUUUGCCAAGAAAAGAAGCUGAAUGCUUCAUGAGAACCAAUGACAUUGGAACUGCAUCUGGAUGGGGAUUAACCCAGAGGGGUCUUCUUGCCAGAAAUCUAAUGUUUGUUGACAUACCAGUUGUUGACCAUCAAAACUGUACUGCGGCAUAUGCAAAGAAGUCCUAUCCGGGGGGAAGGGUAACUGACAACAUGCUUUGUGCUGGUUUAGAAAGUGGGGGCAAGGACAGCUGUAAAGGCGACAGUGGGGGGGCAUUAGUGUUUCUACAUAAUGAGACACAGAAAUGGUUUGUGGGAGGAAUAGUGUCCUGGGGUUCCAUCAAUUGUGGGGAAGCAGAUCAGUAUGGGGUCUACACAAAAGUCAUUAACUAUAUUCCCUGGAUUAAGAACAUAAUUAAUAGUUUUUAACUUGUGUGUCUCCAGUGAGUACAUGAUUGUUCUAAAAAAUACCUGUAAAAGACCUCGGCAGCAAACUGACCUGAGAAACAUUAACACGACAGUUGCUGUUCCACCUCAAAACCAAACCAAACUACAGGUGAGAUGUGCCUUUCAGGCACUUCUCCACUUGCCACUUUUCCACCACUUACUCUCUGAUUGAAGGGGACAUAAACCAUUGUAGUGAUAUUCACCGUUGCCAAUCCAACAGAAACUCACUGGUUAAAUUUGGACUGACUUACAAAAGUCCAGUGUCUUUUUGUACUGGCCAUUUGCAUUUCUGGAAAUUGCCUGUUCGUGUUCUUUAACUGUUUUUCUCCAGUUUUUGUACUUGUUCUUAUUGUUCUCUGAGAGCGUUACAUAUUAUAGCAGUAUUGGUUCAGGAAUUACUUUGAAUCAUGUUUUUCUUGGGUAGAUAAAUUGGAAAUAUCAAUACUUUGGCCUAGGUAUAGACUGAUUUCCAUGUUAAAAGCGAUGCUAUAAUUUUUCACUUCUCAAACUGGCAGAAAAGAAGAGCAUGGAACAGCACCAGUUCACACUGUCGAAGGCGACGAAUUUUCUGAAGGACAAUUUGGCAAAUCUAUUUCACAAGUCUUAAAAGCAUGCACAGUCUCUGACCUGGUAAUUCCAAUGCUAAGAUUUUAAUUUAGCUGUGAGGAUGUUCCUAGCACUUGGAAAUAACCUAAAUAUUUUAUUUUCAAAUUCAGAAGACAGUUGAAUCAAAUGUGGCAUUUCCAUAAGAUGAAAUACAACAUUAAAAAUAAGUGGCGGUAUUAUUGAUAAAUCAAU